AUGGCGUCAUCGAUAAGCCACGUCGAACCCGACGCUGUCGAGGGGGUACACGGUCCAGUGGAGACUCCAGAAGAAAACCAUACUGAAUUAACGCGUUCCGGCUGCACGCACAACGUCGAAGGAAAGUGCAGUCUCUUCACGAGGAAACAUCUUACUGAUUUCACGAUAUCUACGAACCCUGACAUGGCAUCCAAUGUCCCUAGCAUACGACUCAUCGUUCCCACCCCAGAUGUUUCCGCCGCCACCGACCCCAACUCCUCCAUUGCUUCUCGUGUCCCGACCAAGAAAAAGUCGGUUUUAAGCAUGUUUUCAGGCUCUGUGUCGUCCAACCAAACCCCCUACAACACCGUGCGCGACGCUGGAGACUUUAGUGACAUUGUUCGACGCGUUGGAGAAGAAGGCUCUGUCUCCGGUCGAGGCUGGCAGGUCCAUGUCGACAACGACAAUGGAGAGGCGACUGUGCGCCGUCAGUCUGCUGAAGGUGAAGGCAUGGUUCUCAUCAAGAAGAAGACCAAACAGCGCGGUAAAAUCGACGGGGUGUUUACAGACACGACCAACACGCGUUCAGAGUCACCACAAGUGCCGGAAGCCUCUUCCAAGGACAAGUGGUGGACUUUGUCGCGUGGUCGUAAAGAUACUGGGGGUAAAGACGGAAAAGUCCUGGGCCUAAUGCGACGAGGCAAAUCGCCGGGUCCAUCGUCUUUGCCUCCGACACCUACCCUUGAUGUCCCCCAACGCCAGCAUCGGUCUACAGAGAUGCAAAUGCAUUUACCUGGCGAACCCGACUGCACUCUUGAUAUGGUCGAAGUCCCCAGUCUUCGCGGCCGUGCCGUUGUCCAAGACCUCCCGCAGCAGUUUCCCGUCCAGAAACGAUUCAACUCGCUCGGUGCCUCAUCCUCUCUUGCUCCACCAACAGUUACUCCUCGGACUGAAUUCCAACGAAGCGUCAGUGCUGGCAGUGCGGCGUUAUUGGCUCACCCACAAUACGCUCAUAUGCCCGGUGCAUCGACUCCUUACGCAACCAUGACACGCCUCGACACCUACCAACAACCGGAAAAUGCGAAACCAAAGCCGCCUCAACGGAGUGCUAGUGCGAUGGGAGUGUACUCCGUUGAUGCCCCACCUGAAUUCAAGCGCAGUUUAAGUGCAUUGGCCGGUAGUGGGAUCGUCUUGGGAGCCCCAGCGUCGACACUGGGUCGUGCCCCGACACCAACGCCAUUAUCAAGAGCACCAACACCUAUCCCAGGUCCACGGUCGGGAACCCCUCAACCAUUGUUGAGUGUUCCUGGGAAGGAGAAGGACCAAGGCUCAAUUGCUUUGCGGGCGAUGAAGAGUAUGCGAAGCAUGGCGCGUUUAGGAAAUUGGGGAGAUGAGAAGGAGGAGGUAGAAGUCAAGAAAAUUAAAGCAAAGGACGAUGAAAAGGAGAAGAAGAAGAAGAAGAAAGAAAAGGAAAAGGAAAAAGACAAGAAAAAAGAUUCAACAAGGCGACAACCGAAGAGCUCUGGCAGCAGCUUCGAGAUUGGAGCGUUGGGUGCUUCACCUGUUCAACGCAAACGCAGUAUCCUCGGACUGGGGCUCGGGAUGAGCGGCACUUUAGGUAAAGGGUCGACCACUGGCAUUGGAAUGGGGCUGCCAAGCUCAUUGAGUUUGGGACGCAGUGCGGGCGGGAAAGCGAGUACCGCUAGCAGCGUCGGUGGCUCAAGCUCCGGCUAUGCUCCGCACGCUAACCCAAUUAUCAACCCAAAUCGUCUGAGCGCCGAUGCGCCAGGGGUUCUUCGUCGUGACAGCACAAACUCCAGCCUCCGUCCGAUCUCCGUGCUCUCCAGCGAAAGUUCUUCCGGAUCACGUGUCAGCAGCGGGAGUAGCGUUCGCUGGGCGGAAGAGGUUGUCGACAAGUUCAGAACGAAAAAGGACAAGAGAGACUCCCGUCGGGAUAGCAAGCACUCGCUCGAGGGACGGAAGCGCACUCCCUUGAGCGAUGUUUUCCCCAGUUUUUCGCGUCGAUCGUCUGCGUCGGAAAGCAUCAACAAUCAACCGCCUAUGCUCACCGUUGAGGAAGCCACUACCGAUGGACAUGGAGGCGAGGAUGAUGAGGAUGUGGAGAUGGAGGACGAUUUCCAGAUUGUGUCAGCAACACCGAUUAAACGUCGAAGACCAAGGCCGCGUCCGGUUUCGGAUGACAUGAUAGAUGGGGCAUCUCGUCCCCGUCCCCGUGGAAUUGUUGAGAACAACGGCUCUUCCACAGGGGGUGUCCUGAACAUGUUGGAUGCUGCAACAAAUGAUCUUGCUCAAUUGAUUACAUUCCUCGAGUUGGAUGCUACUCCUUCGCCUGCUCGCGAUGCUAUUGUACCGCCUGUUGAAGAGAGUCCCAUUGGCAAGAACAAAUCCAAAGUCUUGCGACCUAGCGAGGGAUCAGUCAGUUCCCUUCGACCAUAUGCUGAACGGGCUGCCCUCUCGCCCAAACGGCAACUGGUGCCUAAAGCAUCUCAACGACAACUGAUUGGCCAACAAAUUGCGCCGUGGCCCACUGCUCUCGAGUCAACACCCCCUGCACCGAUAUCCUCUGACGCCACGUUCAAGAGAUCUCACCGCAGGACAAUGACGCCCUCGCCAGAGCCGGACCCAGCUCCUGUUUUCCACCCUUUGCGUUUGCGGCCCUCACGAAUCCGACCUGUGCUUACGGCUGCCUCAUCAUCAUCGCCCUCUCCACCUCCAUCUUCUGUGGACAGCAAGAUGGACAUGCGGGCACCGUCAUCGCUAACGUUUGGCUCCCGCUCGUCAUCCGACUCGCCGGAAGAGCCCCAAACCGGUCGCGUUUUGCCUCCCGUCUUUACCCGUCACACGCGCAAUCGGUCAUCGUUGCUUCCUGAUGCGCAGCCCUCACCGCGGAGCAGCAAAGGCAGCAACAAUGGAAUGCCCCUCGCGCGUGGCGCAAAGCGAGUUCUCGGUAUGGCAGGCACUUUGGGAGGAUCGCAUGCCUCGGAUUACGAAGAGCAGGAACUGGAUGCAUCUGACCCUGACUCGGAUAUUCCAAACGAGUUACAAGUUAUCUUAUCGGCGUCACGUGCCACAUCGCCUGUUGACGACACGCUCUCGUUCUUCCCGUCUACUAGUGCCAACACCUCUCUGCCAUCUCCUGGGCUUCCACCUGGCGACUUGCCGCCUCUGCCUCCCUCGCCUCGCAUCUCCUCGUCGCCCCCCCAACUACAGCUGCCCAUAUUCAAUGUUGAGCUCGUUGAAGACGAUGGUAAUCAUGCUGAUAUCGAUGAUGGCGCUACCUCGGAGGAGGAUACGAAAAAGUCGUUUGAUUUCACGGGUGAGCUCCAGAAGCUGAAUGAGUCUGGGGCAUCAGAUAGGCGCAGUUUCGUUGAACAACUGGAGACUGCGUUCAAAACGCCAGCCAAGAUCGACCUGCGCAAUCUACUUGCGAUUGACGUGCCUCCGGUUCCUCCUAUGCAGUUUAUCAUCGACCAGACUUCCUCGGCACCGUCGUCUCCAGAAAACUGGUCCAGUUUGGAAGACCAGCGAUCCCCUCGGUCAGCUACACGUUUGAUGGACAUCACAGCGCCGACGAUAGCAGCCAGUGAAGGCGUCAGUACCAGGGCCAUAUUCGAGUACCCAGAAUAUCCUUCCCCAAUCAUCGAUCUCAAAGAACCAACACUCUUGCCUGGCUCUGAUAGCCUGGGAAGUGAUAUAAGCCUUUUGCCACAAAAUGGCCCAUCGACUGGUGAACUCAACAUUGGUUUCAAGUUUGGGGGUCAGUUUCCUGAAGAGGAACCAGCGUCAAAGAUGCAAAAAGAGCCGCUUACAUUGUCAAACAUUCUUCCGCCAGCCUCUCACAGUCGCGCUCAUUCCCUGACGUCAUUGAUGGAGGACGAGGAAUCUGUACUCAAGUCCAUUCUUGCCCAUGCCGCAGACAUUGCUGCCCAACCCCGCCCACGGGUCAACUCGGACUCCAGUUUGCGUCGCUCUGCCAUCGGAAAUUCACGCGCUUCGAUGGCCAGCAUGCAUUCUCGAACUCGUUCAAGACCCGCCUCUGGCACCAGCUUUACCGGAUUCGACUCGUUUGAUGAGGUCCGCAGAGGUUUCGAGUUCCAUGCUAAUCGCCCGACGUUUUAUCCACCUCCUCCUGCUGCGCGCAACACUCGAGCUUAUCAUGGACAGCAUGAUUCGGUCUUCAGUAUUGCGUCUGUUUCUUCUUACGGACACGUGACCAACCCUGGAGUAAAUGAUCCUUUCGAGUAUGGCUUGCCUAUGCCCAGUCUCCGCGAACAACCAUCCUCUGAAGAUCUGUCAAUCUCGCUUUCUAUGAACGUUGAUGACACCUUCUCGUUCUUGGCGCGGGAUCCUCGUCGCAAACGUGUGGCCAGCGAUGCAUCUAGUUUCUACUUCAAAGCACCAGCCCAACAAUCACAAACUUCUCGCGGUCAUCGCCAUCGCGAGUCUACCGCUAGCAUUGCAUCUCAAAACGGCCCUCCUGUCAGCUUCUACAACUACAACCGGAGCUAUGCAAGUCAUCGCUUGAGCGAAGCGGAUAGCAGCACCAGCGGCAGCUCGCUCGCUCAUCAGUAUGCUUCGCAGGGUGCUACUGGUGGUCGUGCCGCUUGGGCGAGACAUCAACAUGAACCCUCGACUGACUCAAUUCUCAGCGAUUUCUCGGUUGCUCGUCUCGGUAGACCUGGGGUUGGCGACAAGAUGUUUGACACUGCAUACGACCAAGGAGCUGCUCUCAGUUCGAUCUCCGCAUCUCCGCCGGAGUAUGAUCGACCAUCCUACGACUCGAUUAUGGGUGAGCAAACUGGACGAGGGUCAUCAAUGGAGGAUUCGUUGUUCGACAAGACUGGCCACCGUUCGUCAAUGUCAUCCGACUCGAUCUUUGGAUAUGAUGACCAUCAUCCCCCUAAUGGCCAUCUACUCCCGCCUAAUCAGUUCCGGCCACUGUCGAUGUUGAGCAUGAACAUGAGCAGCAGCACACACAGCCCAAUGAAGGAGGACGAUACAAUGAUAACGAUGCUUGGUGGUGGUCAUGUUCGCCGCCGCUCUAUUGGCUCAGUUUUCGAAGCCUCGCCCUGCGUCCGAGUCGAGAAACGCAAACAUGCUACUCUACAGGAGGAAGACAAGGUUGCCCACAAAGCACGUAUUAUGGCUCAACCGUCUAUUGCUUCGACUUCUUCCUCAAAGUUUGGAGAGGAACGCAUGAUCAGAGCGAAACAAGGCCUCCUAGUUCGUCAGAGCUUGGAGGAAAGCGCGUUAAUUGGUGACGGGGAGAUUGGUUUUGCUCUCCGACAAGCUCCAGUAUUCUCCAGACCAUCUCCAAACUCUCGAUCUCGCUCAUCGACUAUCACAACUUCAAGUUCUGGUGCCGAAACACCUCCAUUGUCCUCUGCAGAAUACUCGUCCAUGUCCGAUGGCUCGCAAUCGAGCAUCGACAUCUCGGAGCUCAAUUUUCGCUUGGUGAAUACGACACAUCCCGUACCAAAUCCGACUCGAAGAGCACGUGCUCGCGGGAAUGGCCAUAGGCGUCGUAUGUCGGCUGCCCAGAGUCGCGCAUCAAGAGCAUCAGUCUACGAAACCAUCCACGAAGAGUUAGCCAGCCCAGCUGCAUCUCCCGAAUCGAAAAAGAGCAACAAUAACAGCCCCACUGCUGUCUUUGUCGUGCCAGCUGAUUCUGGGUCUAUGGACUGGACUCCUGGAGCUUCGAUGGGCUGGGAUGACGAACGCGGGAUAAUUGCGCUGCGCAAGUAUUAUGCCCUCAGAAACGAAGCCGAGGAUGCUGUCAUCGAGAGCAAGCGAACUUGGCUGGACACGCCUUUCUCGCUGUUUGCCCUCCAAUCAUUUGAGCCGCCGAAGAACCACGAGGGGAUGCAAGCUCUGUUGCAACACUCUGUAGAGAGUUACGGUCCGCUUCCGUAUGAACUUGGGCAUCGUCGGGUGCGUUCAAGAACGUCUUCGAGGCCAUCGCCGUACCCUUCCCGUCAAGUGCUUUCCCAGCAGUCGCCGAACACUAUCACGAACUCUCCUCGGCCCUCUCCAGAUGACCUCAAUCGUGCUUUCAUGAGCCCAGCUCUGCAAUCAAUCGAUUUUGAUCCCAACGUUGAUGGUCCAUCAUUCUCGAUGAUGUCGCCUCUUGGAGACAAGGAGAAGAACUGGGGCCUGCCUACUGCGACGAGGCCCCGCGUCCCCUCUGCUGCGCGGCGGAGUGCUUUGGGCUGGGCGAAGCGGAGCACCAAAGCCUCCAGCGACCUCAAGGAGAACAAUCUCAACAAUUCCGCCAUAUCCUUCAUCAUGUCACCUAACGAAUCUCUGCGCAUCAGCAGGCCAAGACCUCGGGGACGCCCAACGCCAGCUCGUCGGCAAGCUGUUCCUGUGGCGUAA